GGACCAAAAAACAAGUGAGCGGAGCCGCGCAGCCCAUCUGUGGACUCCGCAGUCUCCUUCUCAUCCUGCCUGUCUGACUGAAGGACCAUCACUGACCCAGCUCACUCAACCACCGCCUGUUUUCUCCUCCAUCCAGAGAGCACAAACAGCAUGUGAAUGGCGGCAGAAAGCAGCAGAGUUGUCACAGAGGAGCAGGAGGAGCUGCCGGCCCCUGGAGCUCACACUCACAUGCACACACACACUCCCACUCACACCCGGAGUCAGAGCCACAUCCAGUUUCACCCUGUGACACACGGCACACAGUGGCAGGCUCCUCGCACGCUCGCUCACACAAGGAGUCACAGUCACACUCACUUCAACACUCCGUCACACACACAGUCGCACAAGUACGGCUGUCGUCUCACACACAGUCUCUCAGCCAUGACCAAAGGAGAGAAGGGAGCACAGGGCUCAGCGGGGAAGUUCAUCAAACCUACUGAACCGCUCUUCCCCAAAACUCCACACCAGACUGACUUGAGUCAGAAGUUGUCGAUAUCCAGUAAACUGUGUUUCGCCAUUGGCGGUGCACCCAAGGAGGUAGCUGCCAGCGCCACAGCCUUCUUCCUGCAAAUCUACCUGCUCGAUGUCGCUCAGAUCAACGCCUUCCAGGCCUCCAUGGUGCUGUUCAUCGGUAAAGCCUGGGGGGCUGUGACCGAUCCAAUAGUUGGAUUCUUCAUUACAAAGACCAGAUGGACCAAGAUCGGCAGACUCAUGCCCUGGAUGGUGGGUUGUACUCCAUUUCUGGUUGUCGCCUACUUCUACCUCUGGUUUGUCCCUCCUUUCAUCAACGCCAGGUUCAUUUGGUACCUCGGUUUCUACUGCCUCUACCAAACCCUCAUCACUUGCUUCCACGUGCCUUAUUCAGCUCUCACCAUGUUUCUGAGCACAGAACAAAAGGAAAGAGACUCAGCCACUGCCUACCGAAUGACAAUGGAGGUGCUGGGGACGCUUGUGGGCGCUGCCAUCCAGGGUCAGAUCGUGGCCAGCGCUCACACUCGAAAGCACUGCCCUACUCACAACAUGUCUGCCGGUUACCUUGGCAACAGCAGCGGGGCGGAGAUCGUCAAGAGCCUGGUGCAUUCCCAGGACUACCUGUCACACGCUGUAAGUGUCACGGUGUCGAGCGUGAGCCCAGGAUGGAUAGUGAACCUUUUUCUGAUGCUAUUUGAUAUGCUCCAGACUCAUAUUCCACAUGUUUCAGAUCCAUACGCCCCGAGGACAGAGAAGCAAAUCCCAUUCUAUAAGGGCUUCAUCCUGGUGAUGAGACACGGGCCCUACCUCACUCUGACCGCCGCAUUCCUCUUCAUCACCGUCGCCAUCCAGCUGAUACAGAGCAACUUUGUCCUCUUCUGCACAUAUGCUGCUGACCUGAAGGACCACUUCCAGAAUAUUGUGUUGACUAUCCUGGUGUCUGCAGUCAUAAGCAUCCCACUGUGGCAGUGGUUCCUGCAGAGGUUUGGGAAGAAGACGGCAGCGUUCUGUGGAAUAACAUGGAUCAUGCCCUUCACGAUGAUGCUAGUGUUCAUCCCUAAUGUGGUGGUCGCCUACGUUGUGGCCGUUUCCUCUGGACUCAGCGUCGCUGCUUCGCUCCUGCUGCCCUGGUCUAUGCUGCCAGAUGUGGUGGAUGACUUCAGACUCGCUAACCCCUACUCUAAAGGCCAUGAAGCCAUCUUCUACUCCUUCUAUGUGUUCUUCACUAAGUUUGCUGCCGGCAUCUCCUUAGGAGUAUCCACCCUCUGCCUGGAGUUUGCUGGGUACGACACUGCUGCAUGUAAGCAGCCAGCUCCUGUGGUGUACACGCUGAAGUUGCUGAUCGGUGCUGCUCCAGUGGCCUUCAUUGUCACAGGGUUAAUGAUCCUGGUCCUGUAUCCAAUCAGCGAAGAUGUGCGAAUCAGGAAUAAAGUCUGCCUGGAGGAACUACGGAAACAAAGCAUCGGUUCAAGAACAAUGGAAGAUCUGAAUAACGUGUGACCUGGAUCCGACAUGAAGUGAAUUUAUGAAGCCACGUGUUCCAGUCCUGAAGCUGGAAAGUUGUUGACUAGUGUAUAUUACACUGAUAAAUAGUUAAAAUGUUUUAAUGUAAACAUUAUCGUUUCAUUUUCACAUGAAUAUGUACUGUAUAGUCAUCUUGGAUAUAUAUAUAUAUGAAUUCUUAAUUUAUAUAAAUGAAUGUAUUAUUAUUUGCUGUGUUUAGCUCUACAACACUGUUAUUUAUUUAUGAUAAAUGCUUACGAUGGGUUUAUGAUAUGAGAUGAAUAAAUGUUGUAGAGACCACCUGGUAGUCGUAA